AUGUCUCUCUCGUAUCGGGAGCCACUCUCUGAGACCGUGGGAAAGCGCAUGGUCGUCACAGGUCCAGACUACAUCAAAGACCACUUGCCAAAAAUCCACCAGCAUACCGCCUACAUAGGAGAAAAGCGUCCAGCAUUAGAGAAAACUGGAGAUCUCAGAUAUUUAUUGAGAUCUGCCCCAGACCGAAGCCUGCCAGCAAAAUAUAAACACGAGUAUGUUGGUGGAAUUGGCUGGGGGAUACCAGAGUACAGUUUCAUCAACAGAUCGAGACUGGGGAGCGGCUUUCACAUCAAGCUUGGAGAGCUAAGUCUUUAUGCGAAUGACAAAGUAACCCACCGUUAUCAAAACCCAUGGCAACCGAAGCCUUCAGUCUUGGACAUGCAAGGAGAAAACAGUCGUGCUUUUCUUGCCUGGAGUAUGAGUGAUUAUGAAGAUUCCCAACAGAGAGACUCCCAAAGGGCUAUUCUCGUUAAACAGAGUAAAUCGCCAAGGCCUUCCCUGCCCUCCAGGCUGCCCAAGCUGCCAAAGAAGGAAGAGAAGGGUGCCAGAGCAUUUGACCAUGAAUUGAAUUUGGAGAUAGAACAGAGGGAAUUGGUCGGACAACGGGAGGGAGACUGGGAAGGCAAAGCCAAUGGCGCUGGACUGUCUUCAGGAGAAGUGCUUCAAUAUGGCUGCACAUUGGAGUGA